ACCCAAAGCCCAACUAAUUACUGGCCAUGCUGAAGUGCUAUCUGUAUCUUUAUCGGAUAUCCUAUUCUCCUACCUGAGAUAAGUUGGAUAAACAAAGCCGUUCACUGUGUGCAUUAGAUAAAGCUCGGUAAACACCAUGCGAGAGAUACUUUCGGUUUUGCAACAGCCCCAAAAUGAUUGCUCAACCGGAUGGGAGCUUUCCAAGCUCGCUCCGCUCCGAUCCGAGCCGAAAAAACUUGAAUGCGAUUCAGAAACUGAAUCUCUACCUGGAUACAAAUCCGCUGGCAGUUGCGAGCGGCGAUCGAAGUGCAAAAGACGCCGUCUACUUGUAAAUACGCAGAGUAAACGGAAACCUGAAUCUCUUAGUAACGUUUAUAAACCGAAAACAAUACCCGAACUUCGCACUCGUGCAGGGGUUUCAUACUGCGUUAGCCAUGGAUCAGAAGCGAGCCAUGCUUUAUCCGCAAAUGGAUUUCGACACCCCCACUGCCCCCUCGGCGACGCCAACGCGGGAGCUGGGCAGUCCCAUCGCCAACGGCCUGCCCAUCGAGGCUCCGCCAUCGUACGAUGUGGCGGUGUCCGUUCCGGUGGCUCCAGCGGUUUCCGCACCAGCAGUUGCCCCAGCGCGACCGCCGCCAGUGGUCGUCGUGGAGCAGCCAGCCCCACAACCACCCACAGUGGUGCCAACAGAUACUCUACACUUGGGUCCAAACCGAAGUAGGGUUCUCUGCCCCGCCUGUGGAGCUAACAAAACCACGAGGAUGACGCACACGGCUAACUCCAGGACCCAUAUGGUUGCAGGUCUCCUCUGUUUGGUCGGAUUUUGCUGCUGCGCCUGUUUUGUUCCCUAUUGCAUGAACAGUUGCCGCACGGGAAAUCACUAUUGUCGCAAGUGCAACACUUUCCUGGGAGCCUACAAUCCAAAAGGGAUGAACCGAUGAUAAGACUGCCAAGAUAAGAAGUGAUCUGGGCGCUAGAAAGAUAGAACAGAUACAAGUUAUAAGCAAACACAAAGCAGCUGAUGUUUGCCAGCGGAUAAAUUAUGGUUGUAUGUACAGAAGCCAUUGGCUAGAACGCAAAGCGUCGAAAAGAAUCAUUGGUUAUUUAAGCAUAUGUGAGAUAGCUUAAAAAAAAUUGUAUAAGUUUCCCAAAUUCUGCUUUGCCCAUAAGCACUAUAGUAAACAUAAGCAAAACCGCUUACCUUCCCAUUGUUGCUGAAGCAGCUGGCCUUUGGCUGGCUAAAAAAAUAAAUGCGUGGGCGAAAGCUUCAUAAUAAAAUGCAAACA